UAAUUUCUCCUGCCAGAGAGCUGCUCUCCAUCCCGACUGUCUGAAAAACAUGAGUACGAUUCAGCUGUUAGUUCUCAGUCUCUUCUUCAUGGAUUAUUCUGAUGAAUUUUGGCUGCCGGACAUUAGAGUCGUCCUGAAGAAUCAUGAGACCUUCGAGGUGGCCCCGGACGGUGAGAGUUAUGAUGAGGAGAAGGAGAACGAGAUGAUAAAACCAGAGGAUUUGAAGCAAAUCGAAUCCCUGAGUGAAGAUGCCCAUAAAUUUGGGGCCUUACACGCCCACGUAGAACGGUUCAAUCGUAGGGCAGUGGGGGCGAGGAGAGAUGCCAGAGAUGUAGAUUUCAUCGAUCCAACUCUGCUGGAGAGGAUCAAGGAAAUCAAUAUCUUGGACGAUCCUGUGCCGUACACUGCGGGCUAUCGGCAUGAAUUUAUUAAACUGGCCAAGAGACGCAAACGAGGGAACGAGGAUGACUUUUCGGCAACAGUAAAGCAAGAGGAUCUCCUCGAAACAAUGAGACCGAGGGAUCACUCUAUUGUUGACAAGAGACCAGUCUCCUCAUCAACCCCCAAUACGCAAGACUAUUUAGACCUCGAGAGUACUUCAAUCGGCUUUGAAGCCCCAACUCAGUCCACAAAUCAGUCAAAUAUUGAUUUUGAGUUAACGACUGUACCGUCUGAGGAAACAGCAGACGAGGAAGAAUACGAUUACGAAAAAUUCAAGGCCGAGUAUUACCAACAGUUAGAGGAUAUGAACGUUCAGAAUCUCACUCACAACUUUACGAAUACGGAGGAGGCCGAGGAAACCCCGGGGGAUGCCCUCAAGAAAAUAGUGGAAUUUAAAAUUCCAAGAAAUUGUACACGUGAAGAACUCACACAAAUUGGAGCUAAAGCUUUUGAAUGUUUGAUGUUUGACUAUCAGCAUGCGAAGAAUGAGUCUGAUGUGAAGAGGGUGUUAGCCAGAGGUUGGAUGGUCAUCAGGGUCUGGUGUUUCAUAUAUAUUUGCAUAGCUAUACCAGCUUGGUGCCAGAAGGGCUGGUGUUGCUGCUGUUUUCGGUGUGAAUUUUGCUUUCCACUAGAGAAAAUUGAAUAUUCAAAGACAUAUUUCGCGAAAAAUCCACCGGGAGUUUUUAGGGGGGCACAGGGAGAUGAAAGUUAUGUACCCAGUGCCUUCGAGUUGGAGGCCUAUGAGGAGUUGGAAAGCGCCAUCAGAAAUUUAUGAACGGGAGCAUAGAUUGAGUCGGAAAUCGAUGAAGAGUUGUUUUUCGAUGUUGGAAGUGAUGGUUGGACGGGAAAAUCUGUGUAAUUAUUUUUUAUGGGGAUUUUCGUCAUCUGGAGAAAAGGUUUCCUGAUAUUUUUGAUAACUCGAGGCGUUACUGAGUUGUGUGUAGAUAUUUGAAUAAAGGUUCUUUGGGAACAUUGAUGCUCUUUUUUAAUCCAGAACUCCACCUUGACGUAAAACCUCCAAAAAUAUUUCCGUCCGCCAAGAGGUGAAAA